AGAGAGUCCCAGAAAUGAUGAUAGAUGACUAAUGACAGAAAGUCAGGUGUAAAAUAAAAGAAACCCCUUUCCUUUCAACCCUUCGGCCUCCUAAUUUCCCCCACUUCUCCUUUAUAAAAUCGAAAUCUUUCCCACCAUUCACACACAAAUUAAAACCCUGUUUUUUUCAAAGCUCAAUGGAAGAUUGCAUGAGACUCAGCAUGAGAAAGCUAGCCCUUUGGUACACCAAAACGUUCAAACCUCUCAUGACCCACGAUGAGCUCGACCAUAUCAUGGCUACCAUGGGCUUCGUCGCCCUCCCUCCUGUCCAACCAACUUGUUCUACCGUCGCCUGGAAAGAAUACGUUUACAUGGCCUCACCUGGACGCUCCAAGUCUUCCUCCUCUUGUUUGAGUGGUAGUUGUGAACCGUCUACGGUGGAGCCGCCUAGACCAAAGUUGCCGUACCCAAGGAUCGAUGGGCUUCACAUUUACACCUACCGCGCCUUCCUCGACGCCGUUAACUUUUAUCUCGAGAUGUGCGAUAUUUCUGAACUCUUCCACAUUCGGGGUAUGCCGCUUCACCGGAGCAAUGACCGGAGCCGGAAAUGGCGAUGCAUGGAGGAAGACGAUGGUGUGUUUGUAUACAGGGAAGGAACAUUGGAACAAACAACGUACAAAAUGUACCAUUUCAACAAGCUAAACUCCAACAGCUGCAAUGGGUAUAAUGGUGCCAUUGUCAUUCGUGACAAAGGGAACAAUAACAAGAACAAUACCCCUGUUAGCUGUUUUGUUCCAUUGAAGGAUAUUAUAGUAUGAGGGCUAGAAAACAUGGAAUAAUAUGUCCGUAAGGAUCAAAUUUUUGUUAUAUAUUUGAUGUAAUCCCAAGCUUGGGUUUUUUUUCUUCUUUCGAGAUCUUGUUUUUUGAAACAAUGAUAUAAAGAUUAAGAAAUAUGAAAAAGAAAAGAAUAAGGGAUAGAUUGUGAGGAA